AUGAGCGAAGAAUGUGCAAAUCCCCUACUACUGGGGUGGAUUAAGGAAUGGCUGGACCAGGCCCGCGAGCGGAAUAGCAAGGGCGUCACAGUUUACAAAAAGGCAUAUGAGUCGAUGAAAGCAUGUCCACUGCCAUUCGAACAUCCGUCUCAGGCCCAGCAGCUGAAUGGCUUGGGGCCUAAACUGUGUGAUCGCCUGACGGACAAACUCAAGGCCCACUGUCAAGAGAAUGGACUUCCUAUGCCGGAGCCCCCGGGUCAGGGCAACAAAAGAGCAUCUGAGACAGGUGUUGCAGACCAGCCCGCCAAGAAGCCUCGCAAAGGAAAACCCUAUGUGCCAGCUCUACGUUCUGGCCCGUAUGCGCUCCUAUUGGGCUUGGCUACACUGGGAGAAAACUCACACCAGAGCAUGACCAAAGCCCAUUUGAUCGAAGUGGCGCAGCCUUACUGCGACAGUUCGUUCACAGCACCCACAGACCCUACCAAAUUCUACACGGCGUGGAAUUCGAUGAAAACCUUGAUUCAAAAAGACUUGGUUUAUGAACAUGGUCGUCCACUCAGGAAAUACGCUCUGUCCGAGGAUGGCUGGGAAGUCGCCAAACGGAUUCAGAAGACUCUCCCCGGGUCCUCUGAUAACAUGAUGGCCUUUGUUGGCAGCGAUUCCCGAUCGGCCCCAAAUGCCGGCCCCUCGACUCGAGUAAACGGAGAAGAUGCCGAUGAUUUGACACUGGAUGACAAUCCGCUGAGUCGAUUUGCCAACACCGAAGGCCCUACGGAACCCGUCAUUCUUCCUCCGAACAGUUUCACGGUCGAAUUAGUACUGGAUACCCGAGAAGUGCGCACUUCGACAGACAGAGACUACAUCGCCAAUGAGCUCAUGAAACAGGAUAUUACUCCUCAAGUACGUGCUCUAGAAUUGGGUGACGCAAUGUGGGUAGCCAAGUGCCGAGAUCCCGCAUUUCUGACACGCUACGGCGAGGAAGGCGAUGAGGUGAUGCUGGACUGGAUUAUUGAACGAAAGCGACUCGACGACCUCAUCGGGUCUAUCAAAGAUGGACGGUUCCACGAACAAAAGUUCCGUCUCCGCCGAUCGGGCAUCAAAAACGUCAUCUAUCUGGUCGAGGAAUUUACAGUCACGCACCCCGAUGCUGGAAAUGGGAGCGCGCUUAAGUACCAAGAGAUGGUUGCCUCGGCUAUAGCCUCGACUCAGGUGGUCAAUGGUUAUUUCAUGAAGAAAACGAAGAAUCUGGAUGACUCCAUCCGGUAUCUGGCGCGCAUGACCCUCCUUCUAAGGAGAAUGUACGGAGCACUUGACUAUUCCGUUGAAGAUCAACCGGCCAAUCCAUCAAAGGCUGCCUUCAUUCCCAGUCGGUGCCUCUCCUCUACACAAUCUUACCUCACUCUCCUGGACGAACUUCGUGCGAAAGAUUCUUCUCUCACCUACGGCGUCACACUCUCCACAUUUUCUGCCCUCACCUCCAAAUCGGAUGUCCUCUCUCUGCGCGAUAUCUUUUUAAAGAUGCUCAUGUGCACACGUGGAAUCACUGGCGAGAAAGCACUCGAGAUUCAGCGCCGAUGGAAGACGCCUCGAGAACUAGUCGAGGCAUACAUGGCCUUGGAGCCCAAAACCCGGGAAACACUGGUCUCGGACAAAUUACAGUCCCUUGUUGGACGAAAGAAGGUUCAAAAAGCCCUUAGUAAAAAGGUCGCAGAAAUUUGGGGAGAAGGAAGUUAA